AUGCCGAUCAGCUAUUAUGUUUCGGCAAAAAAAUCGACUGUUGUUAAGAAAGCUUGCGUUGGAAAUUUCGCAACCAAUGAUGAACUCAAUCUCAUUUUUGAGCGAGGAAAUCACAUAGAAGUCUAUCGUGUGACUCCAGAAGGAUUAAAAUCGUUAAUUGAGAUUCCAAUUUUCGGAAGAGUUAUCUGUAUGAAAAUUUUCCGUCCAAAAAAUGAGAAGCUUGAUCUACUUGCAAUACUCACAGAGAAAAAUCACAUGGCUAUUCUGGCUUAUGAAAACGACGGUGUUGUUACUAGAGCUGCGGGAUGUAUAUCAGAUCGAAUUGGGCGAUAUUGCUCUGAAGGUCCCGUAUUAACAAUCCAUCCAUCAGGACUGAUUGCUGUGAGAAUCUACGAAGGAAGUCUAAAAAUUGUGCAAUGGAAUACUGGAAGCGAUUUGAAGCAUUUUAAUGUGCGAUUUGAGUAUCUUAACGUCGUUGAUGUCACUUUCAUGGACACCGGAAAUAUGGACGAAUAUCGUGUAGCAUACAUUUCCGAAGAUAAACAAGGACGUCAUCUACGCAUUGUUGAUUUGAAUCUCGUCGAAAAGGAAUUCAAGUUUUUCACGAAACAAGAAAAUAUUGAAGCCGAUUCGAUAUUUGUAAUUCCAAUUCCAGCUCCAGCAAGCGGUGUUGUGAUUCUUGGACAAGAUACGAUUCUUUACCAGAAAAACGAUACGAAAGGUACCAUAAUCCCGCUGUCAUCGGAAUUACUCACAAAAACCUCAUUCACCUGCUUUGCUCCGAUUGAUAAAACUGGAGAAAGACUUUUAUUAUCUGAUGAUGAUGGACGUUUGCUCAUGCUUGUCCUCAAUAUUCAAAAUAAUUCAGAGGGAACAGCUGUUGUUAAAGACAUGAAGAUAGAAUAUCUCGGAGACACUUCGGUUGCUGAUGACAUCGUCUAUCUUGACAAUAGUGUUGUAUUCAUUGCUUCUCGACUCGGCGAUUCUCAAUUAAUUCGUCUUAAAUCUCAACCAGAUGAGGUCGACGGUAGCCUUAUCGAAGUGCUCGACAGAUUCCCAAAUAUUGGGCCAAUUCGCGAUAUGAUCCACGUGGAUAAUAAUGGUCAAUCUCAUUUGGUGACGUGUUCUGGAACUGGAAAAGACGGCUCCUUGCGUAUCGUCCGUAAUGGAAUCGGAAUAGAAGAGGUUGCCGUGAUCGAUGAUUUGAAUGAGAUAACGAGUCUUUAUACACUCAAAUAUCGCAGCCAAUUCGAUACUCAUAUAAUUGCUUCAAGAAUUGACAAAACCUAUGUUUUAGCUCUUAAUAAUCCAUCAGAACUUUCUGAGCUACCACCCCUCAACUUCUUCACGGAAGGUCCUUCUUUGUAUGUUGGGCAAGUUUUGGGUGCAAAUGACGCUUGUGUAACUCUUCAAAUUGUCGCGGAUGAGGUACGCCUGAUGGCUGUAAACUCGGAAACUAAAGUUUGGAAGCCUGACAACGAUACCCCAAUCGCUAAAUAUGCCGUUAACGAAAAAUUUGGCCAGGUGCUUGUUUCGGCUCGAGACAUGGUUUAUUACCUUCGGUGCUCAUUCGAUCAGGCCACUGGAGUGUUGGGUCUUACUCAAGUUGCGUCGAAACAAAUGGCGGAUGAAGUAGCAUCACUCGACAUGUCCAACGAAGGUGAUAAUCCGAACAACGAAGCGACAUUUACCGUCGCUUGCAUGUGGAAUAAUUUUAAUAUGGAAAUCGGAUAUUUGCCAGAAUUGAGAGAAGUUCUCACUGUAAAUCUACCUACGAACACCAUCUCCCGAGCGGUUAUUGCCACUUGCUUCGAUUCGGUUCAUUACCUUCUUGUCGCAAUUGGUGACGGAACUCUAUUCUACUAUACUUUUGAUAUGUCAACUGCCACUCUUGGAGAAGUUAAGAAGGCAAUCAUUGGUAUUUGUCCACCUACAAUGCGUCGCAUUCGCAACGAAAAUGGUCAUCACAUUUUUGUGUGCUCUGAUCGUCCGGUGAUUAUCUUCUCGGUGAAUCGUAAACUUGCUUUUUCGAAUGUCAACGUCAAAGUCGUGAACACCGUUUGUCCAUUAAAUUCCGAGGAUUACCCUGAUUGCAUCAUGAUUUCUGAUGGUCUGAGAACGAUUCUUGGAAAAAUAGACGACAUUCAAAAAAUUCAUAUCAGAACAAUUCCGAUUGGAGAAUCUGUUCGUAGAGUGGCUCAUCAAAAUGCAACAAAUACAUAUGCACUGUUGACUCAACGCAUUGUGAAUCCUUCGCAUCCGGAGAAGCACGCGAGAAUCACGAGAGGUGUUAGCUCUCAUUCAUCCAGCAAAGCUAAACCUCCACGAAGCGAUGCGAAUUUCGAAAAUAUCGAAUCAGAAAUUUCUUCAUUGGUUCUUCUUGAUGAUAACACGUUCAAUGUUCUUCAUGUUCAUGAGUUUGGACCAUAUGAGUAUGGCAUGAGUUUGAUAUCUGCUAAACUUGGCGACGUUGACUAUUAUAUUGUUGGAACAGGAAUCAUGUAUCCGGAUGAAUCUGAACCAAAAAUCGGACGUUUAUGCGUUUUCAAGGCGAAAUCAGAUAAGGAGAUUUUAGAAGUUGUCGAGGAACGCGAUGUUCGUGGAUGUGCGUUCGGAAUGGCUGUUCUUAAUGGAAAAUUGCUUGUUGGAGUGAAUAGCUCCGUCAGAUUGUUCGAGUGGAUUGAUAACGAAUUUCGUGUUGAAUGCUCGCAUUUCAACAACAUCUCACCGAUUUCAAUUAAAACUAUGGGGGAUCAAAUUCUUGUCGCUGAUAUUAUGAGAUCAGUCUCGCUUUUGACAUAUCGCAGCAUGGAAGGGUCGUUCGAAGAAGUUGCCAAGGAUUGGAAUAAUAUGUGGACGAGUGCGUGUGAAUUGAUUACUGCUGAACGUAUUCUUGGAGCCGACAAUAAUCACAAUUUGUUCACUUGUGAUUCGCGCAAGUUCAAGGAAGUUCAGGAUACUCGACUUUUCCUUGAACCAACCGGCUAUUUCUAUCUCGGAGAACUUGUGACCGUGAUGAUUAAAUGUUCGCUUGUCCAACCUCCGUUAGACAGCAUUGUUGAAUAUAGUCAACCGAUUAUGAUAGGAACCGUUGAAGGCGCUAUCGGUCUCAUUGUUCAAUUCGAUGACUCGUGGAAAACGUUUUUGGAAAAUCUUCAAAAGGUCAUUGCCGAUUGGACAAGAAAUUGUUUGCAAAUCGAUCAUUCGACGUAUAGACAAUAUGCUGCUCCGAAACGCGUGGAGCCGGCAGAAGGCUUCAUUGAUGGCGAUCUGAUUGAAUCAAUUCUUGACAUAAGUCGCAAUGAGGCUAUUCAAGUUCUAUCGAAAAUGCCAAGAACUGAAUAUGAUAAUCCAAAAUUGCCACAAAAUCCAUCGGAAAUUUUAAAGCUGAUCGAAGAUUUGGCACGCAUUCAUUAA